AAUCGAGAUCACAUUUGUCGUAUUACUUUGUACGCGAGUUGAUUGUCUUGUGAAUUCGUAUACCUUACGCGAAAAUUGUACCACGAAAUUGUAUCCUUAUCACCGGUUUCGCUAUUUUAAGGGUUAAUCGUGCAGCAGAUAGUGAUUUCGUAAUCAAGACAGAAAAAAUUAUUAUCCCCACGUGAUAGAAUUUUACUAUGCUAGUGACCUUGAUUUUUUCGAAUUAAAUACCAACGUUGCCUGAGGUUUUUCAUUCAGUUUUAAAAAGUUACUCGAAACUUUCGGAUCUGUUAAUAUCUUACGAUAUGGCUCCGAACGAUAGAAUGCACACUACUAUGAUGGAUACUACUAGUAUGUCAACCGAAGGGUUUUUGCCUGAAGAUACCAAGUUUUCUACCAGAGCUAUUCAUGCCGGACACUCGCCCGAAAAAUGGUCUUCGAUGGCUGUCAUCACACCUAUCAGUCUUAGCACUACUUUUAAGCAAUUUGGACCCGGUGAACCCAAGCAAUUCGAAUACAGCCGAAGCGAUAACCCAACCCGAAACGUUUUAGAAAGUUGUUUAGCCUCGCUGGACGGUGGCCGAUUCGCUUUAGCUUUUUCCUCCGGUCUUGGUGCCUUAAAUGCUGUCGUACAAUUAUUAAACGCUGGCGAUCAUGUGAUUUGCAUGGAUGACGUUUAUGGAGGAACUAAUCGUUAUUUUAGUAAAAUAGCUACCAAAUUUUGCAUCACUGUAACGUUCGUUGAUCUGAGCGAUGUCAAGAAUCUUGAUAAAGAAAUAAAACCUAAUACCAAAUUAAUCUGGAUCGAGAAUCCAACCAAUCCGAUGAUGAAAGUUGUCGAUGUUAGGUCUAUUACUCGAUUUGCGAAAUUUAAAAGUCGCGAUGUCAUGGUUGUCGUGGAUAAUACUUUCUUAACUCCUUACUUUCAAAAACCCUUAGCUUUAGGUGCAGACAUAUCAGUAUAUUCAUUAACUAAAUACAUGAAUGGUCAUUCAGAUGUUGUCAUGGGUGCAGCUGUCACCAACAGCGAAGUCAUUUACUCAGAAUUAAAAUUCAUACAAAACGCUUCCGGUGUUGUUCCUUCUCCUUUCGACUGUUACCUGGUUGACAGGAGCUUGAAAACGUUAUGCAUUAGGAUGAAACAGCAUAUGGAAAACGGUCUUAGAGUUGCUCGAUUCCUCGAAAGUCAUCCUAUGGUACUUAAAGUCCUUCAUCCUGGUUUGGAAUCCCAUCCUGGAUACAAUAUUGCCAAACAACAAUGGUCGGGGUGCAGCGGCAUGUUAUCAUUUUACAUAAAAGGUGAUAUUGAAGACACAAAAUUAUUUAUAAAAAAAUUAAAGUAUUUCAUUUGCGCCGAAAGCUUAGGAGGUUUCGAAAGUCUGGUCGAAGUUCCGUCUUUAAUGACGCAUACCUCGGUUUCGGCUGAAGAACGUGAAAGACUGGGCAUAACUGAUAACUUAGUUCGUACUUCGGUUGGCUUAGAAUCAGCUGAUGAUCUUGUCGAAGAUCUAAAUCAAGCGUUGCUCGCAGUCCAGGCGACUAAAAAGAAAUAGGCUACCCUCGAUCGCCAUACUUCGAUUCUAAUGUACCUAAUUUUAUAAUAGUUGGUGUCUUUUAAAAAUAGUACGAUAUAAUCGUCUUUAUUAUUGUUUUUUGUUUUUUUUUGUUUUCUUCUUUUUUUUGUACGCUAAAGUUCACCGAAUUUUUAAAUAAAAAAUAUUUUACCAUUGAAA